CACCACGCCGCUUCUCCCCGCUAAUUUCCCCUCGAACAAAGGACACCCUUGAAUACCAUUAAUUAAAAGGACUAAAGAGAUGACUAGAAAGGGCGACAGAACCACCCAAAUUUUCCUAUUUAAAAAAAUUCCCCCGAGUGAGGUUUGAGAAAUUCUUGUUUGUGUUGUGGCUGGAAAGUUUUUUUUUGUGUUGGCGAUGAAAAGGUGGAAGUGAGGAGGGGUCGUGUGUGUGUGAGCGAGAGAGAGAGAAAGAAAAAAGAUACCCUAGGUUCCUUCUCGGGGAAGAGAGAUCCUGGGAGGAGGAGGUUCCUUGAGGGAGGAGGAAGCGAGAGAGGGAAUCCUGCGACGAGGAUUCCUCUUAUUGGGAGAAAAGAUCCCGCUCCGAGGUUCCUAUUGGAGAGAGAGUGAGGGGGAGAUCCUACGUCGGGUGUUCCUUUUGUGCGAGAUCCCACCCGGGAGUUCCUUUGAGAGGGAAAGAGAGGGGUCCUACUGGGAGAAGGAGAGAGAGGGGAUCCUAAUUCCCUGAUUUCCUCGAAGGGGAGAGAGAAGAGGGUCCUACUUCGAGGUUCCUUGCGGGAGCGAGAUCCUGGCAGGAGGAGGAGAAGGAGGACGCCCUCCAAGAUGCCCAAAGUGAAGACAGGAAGGAUCCACGGGAGUUACUUUCCCGACUAUGAGCUCAGGCGGAGGGAGACGGGCCUGGGCAAGACCUUAGGCUGGGACUCCGGCAUCAGGAGGUCCUUGUACUCGUCCAUGAUCCCCAGCACCUUCUGGGACCCCAUCGAGCACGACCCCAAGACGGGAUUCACAGGCCAUGGCGGCGUCUUCAACCUCGAGUUCUCUCCGGAUGGGACCUAUCUGGUGGCAGCAUGUGAACAGCGAGCCAUCAUGGUGUUUGAUCCAUUGUCCAGACGACAGAUCCAUUAUAUACCUUUAGCUCACGAGAACUGUGUCAAUGGUAUCAAGUUCCUCGACUCUCGCGUGUUUGCCUCAUGUAGUGACGAUCACACAGUAGCCCUUUGGGAUGUGCGAAACCUGAAGAGGCGCAUUCGACUGCUCCAGGGACACAGCAACUGGGUGAAGAACAUAGAAUAUUCUGCUGGGGACGGCAUUUUGGUUACGUCUGGUUUUGAUGGCAAGAUACUUGGCUGGGAUAUUAAUGGGUACACAGAGGAUGGUCUGCUGUCCACUGAACUGUUCAGCAUGCAAGGACUCAUGAGAAUGCGCCUAAGUCCCGAUUGCAGCAAGUUGGUCAUGUGCACCACUGGCGGCUACAUGGUACUUGUGCACAACCUCAGUCUGGAGCACCUUUCGGAAGAUCUUAGGAACUUUAAGCCCAACAUGUACCGAUUGAUGCAGUUGUCGAACACUCCGUUGCCCCACGCCACCAUGUUCACAAACCUGUUCUACAGACAGCGGAACAGAGUGGAGUUCAUCUCAGACUUCCCUCCUUCCAAUGAGGCGGAGGUCAUCCACUCUCUGCAAGUUCAUCCACAGGGUUGGUGUGUGUUGUCCAGAAAUACAUCCAUGGAAGAUUCAUCAGAGUGGAGCUGUGUUCAUGACAUCCAGGACCUAGGAGUGACAGCUUGCAAGGAUGAGGAUGAGGAUCAAGACCACCAUGGAGACCUAGAACCCUAUGAUGACAUUCCCUCAACAAGCGAGACGGAAGCACAGAAUUCUUCAACAUUUCAGAAUAGACCAAGCAGUGCAAACAGUAGUAAUAACAAUAGUAACAGUAGUACGAACAGUGGAAGUGAAAGUGGCAAUGUAAAUGGAAACUUACAUUUAUCAUUGACGUUCAGCCCAAGGGUGGAAAUCAUGCUGCGUCACAGCCCAAGGGAUGAGAGUGAUGAUGGUGGUGGUGAUGGAGGCGGAGGGGGUGGGGGAGAGAUGGCAGGUGGAGCUGGUCCUGCUAGGGGUGGCAGCAGUGGUAGCAACGUUAAUGCCUUUGCUACAGCCUCUAGUGGGAGUGGAGUGAGAGUUGUAGAUGGUGCAGGAAUAGCAGUUGGUGGUAGUGCAGGAGGAGGAGGUGGAGGAGGGGGAGGCAUAGACAUCCAGCUACGAUUUACAUCAAUGGAUGUCUUUGAAGCCUUAGAACAUAUAAGGGAGCGCCGUGAGGAACAACGGAUACGGCAAGGAAGGCAGAGAGCAGCUCGGACUGAUUCAGAGGCCUCCUCAAGUAGUGGAAACAAUGAAAACUCCUCUGGUAUCCCCCAGUCCUCUUCCUCUCAAUCACCAUCACCAGCCUUACAACACCUUGGCCGUAAUAGGACCUUUAGUGUGCACAGAGGGAGAGAUUUUGACAAUGCCAGAGAAAAUUUGGGCUCGGGAAGGACUGCAGCCAAUAUUAUCGACUCUCGUAAUGCAUUUUAUAUAAGAACUGGUACUGGCAAUCAUAGGGCUCUGUUGCUUCUUCGACCCUUGGAGAAUUAUCCUCGAUAUAAUCAGACGGUGGAUCCAAACCAUAAGAUUGCAAAGAAUAUUUCACGGCUAACUCAUUAUAUAGAGGAACCAAAUGUUGGAAGAGGGUUUAUCAAGGAGCUGUGCUUCAACUCAGAUGGGCGGCUUAUAUGCUCCCCAUAUGCUCAUGGGGUGCGGCUCAUGAUGUUUGACCAGAACUGUUCAGAACUCUCCACAUGUGUGCAAGAUAUUCCCCAAACCCUGUAUGCUGUAUCCACCAACAAUUGUCACAAAAACUGUGUUGUUAGUACCAAGUUCUCUCCCACACAUUGCCUUCUAGUCUCAGGCUGCCUGAAUGGCAAAAUUGUGUGGCAUCAGCCUGUUCUCUAGUGAAAUGAGUAGCUGCAGUGUAUUAUACAUAGUUAUAUGGGAAAUGACAAUGUAAUAUACAUGGUGUUUUAAUUUUCUAUGCUCUUGAGCAAACUUAAACUUUGUUGGUCUGCUGACCUUUCCAAUAGAUUUUCUAAGUGAAAUAGAGAAUAUAUUUGUGGAGGAGUGUAUUUGUGUGGUAUAUAGAAUGCACAGCAGAUUACAAGAGCAAUUUAUUUAUUGAAGGAAUGUGUAUCUAAUGAAUAACAAGUUCAUAUAGUUUGUUAUUCUUGCAUUUGGCAUGUGUCAAAGUGCUUAAUUUAAACACAGAAAGUAUAACAGGCGUUUGUAAGGCAUGAAUUCAAAUGAUAUUUCAGUAGAUGGAUAGAAGUAGAGGUUUUACUGUGUGUAUAUUGUUUAAUUUCUUAGAGUGGAAUAUGGAUUUUUUUAUGGUAUAUCCAAAGAGCAAUAAUGCAUUUUUUAGUUGUUCUGAAAAAAAGGAUUAGAUUUGUCAGUGCAUUCAAAUAUUGUAAGAGAGAUAAACACCUAUGUGUCUUGAAAAUACAGUCUCCUUUUAAUUUCUUCUGAAUAAUUAGUUAUAAACACACUGCAUGGUUUACUUUGCAAGUUUUUCAGUUUUUGCUUUAGAAUUGCACAGCUCAUUUAAUGGGAAAGAAGUGUGGAACAAGGUUUAUUUCCAGCAAACAGACAUUGCAGGCUUUUGUUCUUGCAACUGUUAAGCUGUGGUCAAUUUUUUUUAGGAGACAAAGAAAAUUAUGGUCCUACAUGUUUUUCUCUGGCUUUUUGUUGUAAGGAGAGAUCAGCACCUUUUUAUUAUAAAAAUUGAUAACAUUUAAGCAAAGGGUAGAUGAAAAUGCAGGUAAUUGAUAUGUACAGAUUAAAGAUAAUUAAGGUACAUUCCUAUAUAUUGGACAUUUCAAAAAAUGUUAAUUUGAAUAUAUGUAUAUACUAAAGUAAAAAAUAAAGACAUUGCAAUGCAUUAUAUUAAUAUUAGCAAGAGUUUAUAAAUAAAAUUCAAUAAGGUAUUAACUGAUAAGACUAAAGCUUAAUGUUUUUUUUUUUUCUAUAUUUCCUCUCUUGUCCCCCUUUUUCAUAUAGAACUAACUAUUAAUUUUUCUUUCUUUCUAUUUUAUCUGAAUUGAUCAUUACUGUUUCAAUUUGUUGGCACUGAAAGUUGGAUAUUGUGUUGCAAAGGUGACUUGAUGCAAAUGAAUGCAUCUCUUCACCGGGAUAAAUUGAGCAUGUUCCCCUGCUAGAAUUCAGUUCCUCUUUGUUCCUGCGUUGUGUAAUGGUUCGUAGUUUUUAGCUAGUACUUGAAAAUGUUUGGAAAUUCACGGUCUUGAAGCUUUGUUUCUCCUUUUCCUUUCUUUCCUCUGUCUCUAUUUUUUGUUGUCGUUUUAUCCCUGUUCAAAAGUUUGAUUUUUUGCUGCUGUGUCUUUGAAAAUCUUCUGCUCUCAUAAAUAACAUAGCAGUUAUUUUGUGUUCAGAUUAUCUGUGAAUCCGAAAGCAGGGGGUGGGAAAUUGUGUAUAAGAAAGCAGUAUUUGAUUGAAAGAAAUGCUAAUAGAUUAUGAUAUUUUUUCUCCUUUGGAAAUCAUUCUUUUUGUUAAUUUUUGUAAUUUUCUUUUCUAUACUAUUUAAAUAUGAAAAUGGAUGAUUUGAUAAUGAACUUCAGAUAAAAGGUAAUCUAAGUACCAAUAACAGAAAUGGUAAGGUAAUGAAAACUGGAGUUAUAGUUAUAAAGUUGUAUGACUAUAAAGGUAGCAUAGAAAAAAAUAGGUUGGUUGGCUGGGAUGUAUAGAAUUAGAGAAAAUGACACCUCUUGCUUUGAGCUUCUUAUCUCAGUGAAUUUUUUGAUAACCUACAAUUCUCUUUUCCGUCUUGGGAUUCUUAAUGUGAGAAUGGUAGAUUAAUGUUCAUUUAAUACUUGAGCUGUUUUAUUUUUAUUUUUUUCUCGGAAAUACGGUACCUAAGCCACUAUGUGCCAUACAUCCCAUUGUAAAACAUAACCUUGCCUCUUGUUAUAUGCUGUGUAUUACUCAAGUCUUAUCAAAUAUUUAGGGCUUGUUCAAAUGGGGAGAGGAAUGUGCAAAGGAAGGGAACCCUGGAUUGUUUUAACAGGAAGUGUUUACAGUCUUCCUUAGUUGAUUAAGCCGUCGGUAUCACAGUUUAAAAGUCCAUGUAAUGGCAUGUUUCCACUAUAAGAUGUCUACAAGAUAUUAAAUGACAGAUGUUUAUCCCUUUUCAGAUGAGCCAUAGGCUGCAUGGUUGCCAGUCUUUGCUUUAUUGUUUACGUGUGAAGUAUAGUAAUUUUUCUGAGUGAUUUUUAAGUGUAAGUAGUGGCAUUAAAAUGGUUUAUAAGUGGUGCUGUAUCCUCUUGUGCAGAAGGGAAACAGACUUAGGUGUGGGAGAAACAAUGUAUCAGCUUAAAAUUGUGAAAUGUCAUGUUAGUGUAUAUGAAACUAUUAGGUAUAUUUUGAGUAUUUAUCUUGUGUUUAACCCUUCAGUGGUACAGUGUGUUUUUAUGUACCAGGGUUGGACAGCAAACCAACUACAAAAAUUGUAAACAUUGGCAUACAAUUCUGAGAUAACCUGAAGUUUCACACACACAAAAAUCAUUAGUAUUGAUAAUGGAAUUUAAUGACUGAAAUUUUAGGUUAUAUCAAUAUUGUUUUGAUCUAUCUAUCACUGGUUUACGUCACUGUCUGGCAUUGUGUAUCCAUGAUUGUCUUUUUAACCAGAUUAGUUACUUAUCUAUGUAUAUAUUUAUGGUUAUUUUCAACUUUUUUAUUUUCUAUCUUGCUUCACGAUCCCUAAUAGAGAUGUGCAGAUAUCAAGAUGUGGGCUGAUGCCAAUACCCAAUUUUCAACUACGCUCAAUACUCCAAUUUGGACCAUUGGCUGAUAUUUUUCUGAUACAACUUGUAUGAAGUUAAUUUGAUUUGUAUUUCUAUUUUAUCUGGAAAUUAAAAAAAAAUUAUGGCUACUUUCAUUUUAAUGGCAGAGAUAGACUUAAAUUAUGUACUGGAUUAAAUUAGUGCUAAAAAAAUAAUAAUGAUAACAUUCACGUUGUCAAAAUUAAAUUAGUGUAUGGAUUUGUUAUCUUUUAUCAAGCAGCCUGUUUAUUUGUUUGGUAUGAUUGCUAAGUUGAAGAUGGUAUCUAUGGUAUCAACUACCAAAUGUUUUUUUUUAGUAUUUGGCUAUAUUUUGACCUUGCUGAUACCAGUACCAAAAAGAAAAGGCUGACAGUGCCUACAUUGAUACCAAUACUAUCGGCACAUUUCUAAUCCCUUAUACCUCUUGUGUAUUAUAUUACAGACAGCUUUAACUUUCUUUCUCCUUGUAAUCUCAAGCUUGUAGAAUUAUCUAUAUUAUUUUGUUUUACAAUCUUUUAUUUUUUUUCUUCUUAUUAAGUAAUAACCUGAAGUGAAUUUUUUUUUUUUACAAUUUUACACAGCUGUAAUGGACAACAUGUUAACUCUUUCAAAUGUUAUCACAUAGUUUCUUUAUAAAAGCUGAAUGAUGAAUAAAAGAGACUGAAGCAUCUUACUCUUGUACAUAUACUUGUUUAUCUGAGGUUUUGACAUUUGUAUAAAAAAAAGCAAAAAUAAAAAAAUAUAUAUAUGUGAUUAAAAAUGUUGCCUUUAAUAUUUGUCUUUUUUCAUGAGACUUUCAGAUACAUAGUGAUGAUGGCAUAGUAUUGAGCAUAUUAGAACAUGCUUUGUAUUAUUUAGUACAUCCUAUGUUUAAUUCUUCAGGUAUGAUUUGAUUUUAUACAGAUUUGUACCAGAUUCAAAGUUGUAAUUUUGUGGUCCUGAAGGGAAAAUCAAUCACUUUUUUGUGUAUUCAUGGAUGCAGGUGUCAUAUAUAAUACAACAUGGUUAAAUGAAGAUGCUUUAGUAAUUAUCAUAAGUAUUACUAUAGAGCAACAGCAGAACUAAUAAUUUUUUCAAAAGGCAAUCCUAUGGGCAUACCAAAUCGUUGUUUCAUUGGGGAAUCACAGUUAAGUGUUGUAUAGAAACACAAAUACAAAGAGAAUACCAACUAGUCUAUACUUAUACACAGGUAUAUAUACAUUGUCAAGGUGUAUGAGUAGAUGAAUGCACUGAUGAAUGGGUUAUCAAGUCCUCAAUAUAUCAAUGAAGUGUUUAAUAUAUUUCUAUUUGCAUGGCAAGAAUUUUUUGGUUAUUUUUGUCGUUUGAAUAAACACAAGUAGAUUUUUUUAGAAUUUUGCUAUGGAUGUUAACUAUAUUACUAUACAAACAGAAAGUGCCAAGACUAAUAGUAUUUUAUAGGAAUGGACAGUUUGUAGUUUGAAUAUUAAGAAGUAAAUAAAGCGGAACAGGCAGGUAUAAGUAACCUCACAUAUUCAUAGGUAUGCAUUCCAAUGACCUUAGGGAUUGUUCAGGUAAAGUCUACAAGUGUGCAGAAAAUACCUGAAGGAAAAUGAACUCUUGUCUGAAGGAAAGCCAGAUAAUGUAGUCUAGUUCUAGUAUUCUUGCUUCCAUAUCUCCAAGAUUGUCAUCUUAUACAUAAAGUGCACUGGUCAUAUUUAAUUUUGUUUAUGGUGAUUUCCUUGUAUAGUGUUUGUUAUUUAAUCAUUUCCUUUUUUGUAAUAACAUGAAGGUUAUGUAACUAAAGCAGAUUUUCUUAGUAAUAGGGUGUCCAUACUUUAAAUACAGGAUUAAACGAGACAGGGAUAAGGGAGCAAAUAGCCAAGACAAAAUAUGAUUGAUAUGAUAAGGAGAUGUGGGGGAUAGAGAAGAGGAGGAUGAAGGAAGUUUAAAGUAAUCAAAAAGUGAAAUGCAUGAUACCUGUUAAAAUCUAAGAGUCAAGCCUUUGGAAUAUAAUCUGGUUUGGCAAUGUGCUAGAUUGCUAGUAUCAGUGUUCACAUGAAGUUAAUAUAAAACAGAACAUAAUAUAUAAUUCAUGUAACAGUACAUGUCUGCAUUUGUCACUUUGUCUUAAUUAGUAGUCGAAUAUGUAUUUUUAUACAAGUGUUCCCUAUGUCAUAGCAAUGAUUACUCUCGAAAGUUUAAUCACUGUAUUGGUUCUUGUUACCAAACACUGAAUAAAAUACUUGGAACAUG